AAACUGGAGUUAUAGCUGGCAGCCAGAACCAAAGUAAAAGCUUUUACUUUGAACAUUUUCCCCAUUCAAAUGGCAGAACACUGCUGUAUAUUUUAUGUAAGGCAACAAAAUAAGCAGCACUGAAACAUGGGUAGUUUUACAAAUCAGUGGGUCUUCAACCUAAAUUACUACUGACACAUGAAUGGGCUGAUUUACCAUUCUUGUUGGAGGGCUUGCUAAUAGCGCCAUAAACACGUCGACUUCAUAGCAAAUUUCUGGUGAUGGAUUCAAAAUACAGCAUCAACAUUUCUCUGCACACUGAGAUAACAGGCAUGUCGAGCUGGUUGCAGGAGAUUUCUUCUUUAAACUAUGUUCUCAUGGGAAGUCAGAGACAUUUUGAUCUCCUUUGAAAGAAGUUUCCUUUUUUGAGCACAUUCAACUUGCAAAACCUCCUCAAAUGUGGGCAGCAUGGAUUAAAAUAGAGCUGGAAUACAUACAGGACUUCAAGAACACAUUUCCUGGCAGACACACUUUUGAGUAAGCAGCUAGGUUAAUUGCUGAGAAGUAACCAGCACCCGAGCCAUCAAAAUCAAAACAGCUACUUCAGGAUGUGGAUGGAGAUGAGGACAUCUAUAUUAUACUAGUAAGACUUUUUUUGAGGUGACGGGUCCACUGAGGUUGAUAGAGUGUCCUUGGAUACCUGUGGUCCAGCAAGCUGUGACUCAGCAAGACCAACACACAAGAAACCAAUAAGUCAAGUUGGUGCAGUUUGCAUGUUUUACUUAGCGGUGUCUACCAAAGGCUGGUGGGUUGUCAUUGUUUUAUCAAUUUAAAACCUGAGGGUUCAUUUAUAUAACCACACAUUGAAAUAUGGAGGACAAAGUGCUCUCAUUUUUCAAUGACUUGUGGAACAUCGCCAGCACCAAGCACAAAGAAGGGCUUUACAACACGGUCUGCCUGGUGGUCUUGCUGGCCCUACCUUUAGUGGUGCUCGUGACCUCCCUGGUAGUGUGCUUUCACUGCUGCUGCUGCCAACGCCGGCCCUGCUGCUCCUGCUGUGGCAGCCAUGAUGGACCACCGCAUACGAAGAUGGAGAAGAAAAAGAAAAAUAACAAAAAUCGUAAAUCUGACGACCUUUGGAUUUCCGUCAAACCAGGGCCGAUGACGCCAGAUAGGAUGGCAUUGACAAUGGUCUAGCAAUUGAAAACCUUGUAUGGACACAUGUGGACCUAAGAUUUUUUAUUUAUUUAAAAAAGCUUUUAAUGGACUAGUACAGUCACACUUUAGCCACCUCACUUAUUGCAUCUAAGUAGAGACUUGCGCUUUGUUUCAAUGGGAAUACCCUAGCUAGCUCCUGCCCUGUUGCAAUUUACUUAUUCCUUAAAUUCAGUAUCACGUUCAGGAGAUUAUCACACUGUGUUGUAAGAAAGUGUAAAUGAUGUGUGGUGGAGUUUCCUAGAACGCAGGCCACCACAAAGGGCAGCAUUCUGGAAUCCACUGAGGCACUUCUCAAGGAUAGAUGUUCUGGGACAAAAGGUACAAACAGUGUGUGCUUGUGUGUGUAUGUGUAUGUGUAUGUGGGGGGUCCCCAAUGAUGAUUGGCCCUCAUUUAAAAUAAAAAUUGAAUUUAAAGUUUUAUUUUACUUCUAGGCCAACAGUAUUAAUUGUUUGAUCCAAACCCUAUAAUAAGCUCCCUGUGGCAGCGCUAGUGGAUUUAAAGAGAUGCUAUUCACUGUUGAGCCUCAAUGUCCUAUGAAUAAUGUCAGUUUUACCACUGGGUGUAGGGUAUUAGCAUUGAUGUUCCAGGAAUAUAAAUUAUCCGUCACAAGGGUUCAUGCCAUUGUUUCAGCUGAAAUAAAUAGUCAGUUAAAUCUGUAUUAUGUCUGAGACUUUGUCUGUGCCCUUCAGAGGCUGAGCAUAUUGCUCAGUGAGCGUUUGGUCAAUAGAUUUCAAUUUUGAGUUAGUAAAAAAAAGGAGGGGCUGGAUUAACGGAAGCAAUUUCUACCUACCUUUUUGGGAUUAUGGAACUAAAUGAAUUUGGAACAAUACUUAUUGGCCCAGUGCAAAUCUAACAUGACUGUGGAACAGUUUUAAAAGGGUUUCUUUUUUUUCAUCCAAGUAUGGGACAGUAUCAGUAUAGAUCCUAAGUGAAACUGUUCUCACUGUGUUUGUCUGUCUAGUACUUUUUAGUAUUUUAGUUUUUCAACCCUGCAAACAGAAUGAAAUCUCUUUAAAUACAGAUCUCCUUGUUUAUAAAUGUUAUUUAUAAUAGUAUAAAUAUUAACUACUGUUUACGGACUGUAUCUCCUACUGCAUGAGCAUUAGAUUUCUAUUCUGAUAGACAGUAUUUUAGUUCUAAUUACUGUAAUUCUUAUGUGGUAUUCUGAGAGUUUAAAGCCAUAUAAUGUAUUUUUCUACAUCUGUAUUGAAUUUUGUUUUGUUUGAAAGUAAACUAUCGCGAUAUUUUAAUAAACUGUUUGAAAAGAGUG